AUGUUGGCAUGUAUCACAGAAUCCGAACCUUUCUGCCUUGUUGCCGAGCUUUGUAGCGACGGUGACCUACUCAAUUUUCUGCGAGAACGUUGCAAAUACAUGAUCAAACUCAAUGCUCAAGGAAUAAAUUAUGAUGAUCCAGAGGGUGAUAACUAUAACAUCGAUAUGAUAGUCACCUUGAAACAAUUAUUGAUGUUUGCUGUGCAGAUUUCUUAUGGUCUUGAGUACUUAUCUACCAGAGGAUUUAUCCAUCGUGACAUUGCGGCUAGAAAUAUACUCGUUAAUGGGAAAAACUCUUGCAAGAUUGGUGACUUUGGACUUUGCCGGAAUUUGUAUUCGGACAGUUCACUCUAUAAAAGCAAGGGAGGACGUUUACCGCUAAAGUGGAUGUCACCAGAGGCGAUACGACAUUAUGAGUUCUCGACACAGAGUGAUGUGUGGGCAUUCGGUAUAUUGCUUUUCGAAAUUAUCACAUUAGGGGGUUCCCCCUAUCCAUUAAUUCCUCCCGAAGAUUUGCUCAAUUAUCUCGAAAACGGGAGAAGAAUGGAGCGUCCUGACAAUUGCCCCGAACAAUUCUACGAAGUGAUGGCCGAAUGUUGGCGUUUUGAGCCGGAAAAACGACCGGAUUUCUUAACGAUUCGACAAAAGUUGGCUGCUCAGCUUGAGGAAAUCACGGAAGAGUAUAAUUAUCUCAAGUUAGACAGUAAGAAAGACUACUACAAUGUACAAUAUGCAGAAAAGCCGGAUAUAAUAGUCAUUCCCGAGUCGGAGGAAACUAUCUCACCGCCAAAACCACGAGAAGGGAGCCAAUCGCUUUCCUUCGAUAGCAUGCAUGGUGAUGACGUCCGAUGGAUCGCCCGCGUUAAUAGUGAGACAGAUGACGCGACCAGAAAAAGAAACUCCCGCACUGUCAGCAUUGCAAAGAAUGUGGACGACAAUUCAUGCGCAAAAUACGCGCUCUGA